AUGUCUAAAAUCACGAUAACCUCUCCGAAACCUUGUGAUGCAAAAGAAGGAUUGAAAAUUAAGAGCAACUACAAGAAGCUCUACUUGACUUUGUCAGCAUUUUUCACCACAAUCCUACUACUGAUACUUCUUAUUUGGCUCAUCCUCCACCCUGCCAAGCCUCAAUUCUCCCUCAAAGAAGUUGACAUCUACCAGCUCAACCUCUCAGGCCCCAACCUCAACUCCUCCAUCCAACUCACCUUCCUCGCCAAGAACCCAAACCAGAAAGUUGGCAUUUACUUCGACGAGAUUCAAGUCUAUGCAACCUACAAGGGGCAGCAAAUUACCGGUGAUACCCCUGUGCCACCCUUCUACCAAGCCCAAGAGGAGAGUAAUCUCAUAACAGCCUCUUUGAUGGGAAACACUUUACCCGUGGCUCCCUCUCUUGGCUAUGAACUGGGUCGUGAUCAAAAUGUUGGAAGACUAGUUUUGAAUCUCAAAGCCAAUGGAAAGCUUCGUUGGAAGGUGGGAACAUGGGUCUCUGGACGUUACAGGUUCAACGUUAAUUGUGUUGCUAUCAAUGCCUUUGGACCCUCUAUUCCUGCAGGUCCUCUCACUUCAAAGCAAGGAGCGCAGUGUUCUACCACAAUUUAG